GCGUUUUCACGUGAAUAUUAAAUAUCAGUACUGAUUCUGUUUCUGUUCACUGUACUUGGUUUGUUAACUGUUAGUAGAAUGUUCGUGUUAAGUUAUAACAUUCAAUGACUAAAUGUUAUGCACCAUCCAUAUCAAACGGCACCGAGCUACAGCCCUUUGAAAAUACCAACAAUACAUCGCCCUAUGCCAUACUACCCUUAUUCUAUUAAUCAUUAUACGCCUUAUAUACCUCUACCACCAGAACCAAACGUAUUGGAUUUAUCCAAAAAGACUUCCUUGUCUCCAAACUUCAGUCGGCCUUCUUUAAGUCCACAAUCUCUCAAUAAUUCACUCUCUCCUCCAAGACCUUGUGAAUCUAUCAGUAACUGUCAAUUAACACCUCCGUUAUCUCACCACUCCGAUACUACUCAUAUAAUGGAUCACAGUUCUUUAGAACCAAAGAGUCCAAGUUCUGCUUCUGCUUCUUCUGAAACUCGAUCUGAAUUAUCUGAAUCUUCAGUUUCUCCAAAAUCAAAUGCUUCUAGACCCUUUAAAAUAUUACCCAAAGAUUCUUUGACUUUGGCUCUGCAAGGCAUUUCGCACAUAGAUCCAUCAUCUCUGCUAUGCGAUCAAGAACUCGGCGCCGAACUGACAAAGGAACUUAUCGAAGAUUCUGUCAAAAAAUAUAACGAGUUUAGAAAGAGAAUGUUGGAACAGCUGCAAUCUCCUGGAAAUGUUACAAACUCGAAUAUGCGAAGGGUCCAGAAUAAUGCGGAUAAAAUUCAAGAUUCAGAGUAUUUGGAGAAAAGGAGGAAGAAUAACGAAGCAGCUAAAAGAUCGAGGGAUGCCAGGAAGAACAAACAGGAUGAAAUUGCUAUCAGGAUGGCUUUCUUGGAGCAGGAGAACCUGCUUUUGAAAUUCAAGAUUAAGACAGAGGAAGAACAUUUAGAUCGGUUGAAAAACUUGGUUCAGUCACGAAAAUGAUCUUUAUAACAUAUUUGUGUUAUCACAGAUAACAUAGUUAUGCUAUCUGUGGUAUUAUAAAACAUAGAACAAGCAACAAGGACAACUUCUAUGGCGUUAUGAAGUUUCUCCAUCAAUUUGUUGUUCUAUACCGUACUGUUUAUAUUGACCUCUUCAUAUCUUUAUGAGUACUCCUACGUGGAGCGAAGUUUUCAGAUUUUCACACAAUCUACAAAUUCCUUUUAAGAAACUUUAGACCUAGGUAUACCUACUACCAUAGUCAAUUUGAAAAGUUAAGAUAUCUUUUCCAGACAAGACAUUUUUUGAAACAUUACCUACCAAAAUCUUAAAUGAUCAUACAUUCAAGAAAACGAUUUUUAACGACUUUUGACAAAACGAUUUUUAGGGUUCCGUACCCAAAGAGUAAAAACGGGAACCCUAUUACUAAGGCUUCGUUGUCCGUCCGUCCGUCCGUCCGU